UUUGACUCUGAGCUCUGUUCCAGUCCCCAGAGGGCAGCUGGCAUUUGCUGAGCACCAGGGAGACAACCAAGCAGGACAUGUGGCUGCUCCCGGUUCUGUUCCUUCUUGUCAUCCAGGGCCACUUCUGCACCUGUGAGGGAAAAAAGGUGAGAGGCACAUUGGGGGGCACACUGACUGUGCGCUGUGCAUACGGUCCGGGAUGGGAAUCCUACAAGAAGUGGUUGUGUCGCGGGAAUGACUGGGAUUCCUGCAACAUCCUUGUGAAAACCACUGGGUCAGAGCAACUAGUGAAGAAGGGCCAAGUGUCCAUCCAGGACAAUCACAGCCGACGCACAUUCACCAUGACCUUGGAGGAUCUCCAGCAGGACGACGCAGACACUUACUGGUGUGGGAUCGAGCAAUUUGGCACUGACGUGGGGAUCGAAUUUUCCGUGAUUGUCAAUCCAGCCCCUGAUCCAACAGACUCUCCCAAGCCUGUAGCGAGAACAAGGCUGCCGAGUUGGACUUCCUCUCGUCCAUUUCCCCAGGGCAUCAACAGCAGCCAGCCCAUGGAUUUGAAUAGCCCGCUAACCAGCUCUCCUCGGGACACUCUCACAGGGACCCCCAUUGGCCCCCCUGAUGUUUCCUCUGCUGGGGAGAAACAGCGAGGUCUGCGCUGGGCCCCCUCUUUGUUCCUCUGA